UUAGAUAACUCGGAUUUUUGUCCCCAACAACCUCUAUAGGCUAUUUUAAGACUCAAUCGAAGCAGAUGCCCAUCAGUCUUUUCUCACUCAGAACGAUUUUUUGCGGUAUCCGGAUGAUGAUGAAGAGUUCUUGACCGAGGAAGAUUUUCGAAAUGGAGACAUGCUGUCGAUUCAUUCACAACAGGUUAUUGUACCGCAUUUGUCUCGUCAGUCGUUUCUUCAUGGAGAUAUCAAGGGAAAGGCUGCUUGGAAAUUGAAAACUCGCCGAAAAGGUACUCGACGAAAUGGUGUUAUCAGUGGCAUUAAAAAAUGGCCAAGUGGAAGAAUUCCAUAUGUGAUUAGUGGUCAGUACUCGGAAAGAGAACGUGCAGUUCUGGCUAGAAGCUUUCAGGAAUAUCACAGAAGGACGUGCGUACGGUUUGUCGCCCGUACUCCUCUAGACAGAGAUUAUUUGUACAUUGGAAAAAUUGAUGGGUGUUUCUCUGACGUUGGAAGAGCCGGUGGACGGCAAGAGUUGUCGCUAGACGAUGGAUGCAUGCAGUACGACACAGCGAUCCAUGAACUCAUGCAUUCGGUUGGAUUCUACCACGAACACGAAAGAUGGGAUCGAGACAAUCACAUCACAAUUCUAUGGCAAAAUAUUGAUAAAGAUGCUUACGAUCAGUUUGGUAAGGUUGAUAUGAGCCAAAGUUCCUACUAUGGACAGAUGUACGACUACUUUUCCAUCAUGCACUACGACAGUUUGGCAUUCUCGAAGAACGGCUUUGAGACCAUGAUAGCCAGGCGCCCGGAGAUGACAGCGGUUAUCGGAUCCGCAAUUGACUUCAGUCCGAUCGAUAUCCUAAAAAUGAAUUUGAUGUAUCAGUGCGGCAAUAGAAGGACAACAGAAGAGGAGCUGUUCCCACCGUCUAUUCCUGCCCCUAUUUCUCCACCCGAAUGUGUUGAUAAAACGAAUCUGUGUUGGCGAUGGCUCGAUCGAUGUAGCUCGUUCUUCUUCGAGAAAAUCAUGAAGGAGUUCUGCGCGCGCUCGUGCGGAUUCUGUACGCCUAAACCUUUCGUGUUCGCUAAGACAGCCGUUAGAGCUCCUUCAGCCGAUGGUUAUCUACAACCUCGUUGA